AUGGGCGUCGGUGGUGCGGAGGACUCUAACGGCAGGGGAGGAGGAGCUGGUGGCGUAGCGAUACUACAGAUAGCCGACCCCGUUAUAGCAUCAGGACGUGCGGACCCCGUUAUAGCGUCAGGCCGUUUACCGUCUCCUGACAGCACCCCGCUUAGUAGCACAGCUGACGAUUCGCAAGGUUACGAGCUCCCUCCUAAGAAAACUUCCGCUUACCGCGAUGCGUGGGCGGAGUUAAACGCUACUUUAGGCGCUGGGAAAAGCAGUAGCGAGCUUGGGAAAGAGAGCAGCCGUUUAAGCAGGAGAGAAAUAUCUAUGGCGGAAGGAGAGAGGCGGCGCGUGUCUAGGUCGAGUCGCGGCCUUGGAUUGGACGAUUAUGACGACGAGCGGGAGCGCGGGAGCGGAGGGAGGUCGAUUAACGGCGUAUUGCGGCGCGAGAAAUCCCCCCGUCCCGAGCGCGGCCGCCACCCAGUCGACGACUACGGAGGAGCACGGCCGUCCACAUCAGGAGGGAGGCGAAUGCGUCGCGACAACUCAGGCGGAGAUGACCUGUCGACUGCCGGUGGCCGGCCUCCUGAUUGGUUGCGAGAAUCCGGCGGCGCGGCUCGGCCAGCGACCAGCGGGGGGCGGAGAAUGCGCUCGUCUGGUCUUGGGGGAAUGGGGGGGGAGGAUGGCGCCCCGCUUGUCUCUCCGCGGAUGGGUGGGGACAGAGCCGUUGGCUCCCCGCGCGCGAUCCCCAAGUCGCACUCCGCCGCGCGCGCAGCGGGGGGGGGAUUCGGGGGUAGCGCGCGGGAGCGCUUGCAGUCCCCGCUGGCGGAAGACGCGGAGGAAAUCAUGUCGCCUUCUAGGGGGCGUUCUGUGAGUAAGUGGGUGGAGGAGUCUAUUCAAGAAGGGGGUGCGGGUGGGGGGGCGGGGGGAGCAGGCGCAGGGGGAGGGGAGCGGGUUCCCGCAAACAUGCGGUUUGCGCGACGGUGCAGAUCGGUGCAAGUGUAUAACGCAGGCGAUGACCCGGAUAGUAAGAUCAACCGGUCUGCUUCUAGCGCGUCCGAGGCUAAAAUUGCGCUCGGCGGGGCCGGAGGGGGGCCAGGUGGGGCGAGCAGCGGCGGCGGGCGGCCGAUUUCGCCGGAUCGUGAAAGCAUGUCGUCAACGUCGUCGUCCGUGCGACGGUACCAUCCGAAACACGGAGACGACGAUAUCGCGUACGAGGAAGGGGAGAGGCGGCCCCGGCGCAGGGCGUUGGGGGACGAAGACGAUAUGGGCAGGCGCGCGGGGAGCAUGCGCGAGCGGGGUGACGGCGGGUUUGAACACACUCCCCGCACGCCCCCCCCGCGCAUGCGCUCAAGAUACGCGGACGAGGGCGGGCCAAUGCGGUCUCCGCUUAGGCGGAGGCCGCCGGGGGAAAGAGAUCCGCACCGCCCGCCGUCCCGCCAGAGCUCUCACGCCUCUGAUGCGGGGGACCCCGGCUCCGCGCUCUUCCCGCGCCCGCCCUCGCGGAGCAGCGGAGCCGGGGGGGAAAUGCCCGCGCCUAGCCCCUCGGGAAGGCUGCGAAGCGCAGCCGGUAGGCGGAGUGCGGCGGAACACGGGGAAGGGGGGGCGCGCCCGCGGACGCCGACGGGGAUGGAGAUGGCGGGGCGAAUGGGGUUUGCGGGGGAGGGGCUAAGCCGUCCGAAAACGGCGGAUGUGCAUGGGCGGAGGGCGGGGGUCCCCCGUUCCGCUUCGACCACUGAGGGAACUCCGCUGGCGGGCAUGCUUUCUAAGGAGCGGGGGGAGAAGGGGGUUCCGCGCUCCGCCUCUGAGUUGGUGGAUGAGGAGGAGGAGGCGGGGGGGUAUGGGGGGCACAGGGGCACUCGGUACAGUGGCGCAUUGCGGUCGAGAACGGUGGCGGGUCCGGGGGCAGAGGGGGAAUACGAUGACGACGAGGAGGAGGAGGAGUUGCGGUUGAUUGAGGAGAAGGAGCGCAGGCGCAGGCGCGCGGAGCGCGCGCGCAGGAUGCGCGAGGACGUCCCGGAGGGGAGCCAAAUGGACGGCGAGGAUGCGUUUGACGAGGAUUUUGACGAUGAGGAUGGCGGAUACGGGCGGAUGGGGACCGGGGGGCGGGGGGAGAGGGAGCCGCGGAGGGGGUAUAGGCGGCGGGAGGAGGAUAUUAUGAGAGAAGAGCACCGACGAUUAGCGUUAGAGUUAGAAAGAGAGAGGGAGGAGAGGCGCAAGCUUGCAGAGGAGCUGAAACGGCUUGAGAGGGAAACGAAGGAGAGGGAGGAGAGGAGGCGGAUGGAGAAGGAACGCAGGCGGGCGGAAAAGGAGAAGCUAGUGGCGGAAGUGGCCGCGCUGCAGCUGCCCGCAGGGGCGGACGCGGAGGACGGGGGGACGGGGGAGGGCAGGCGGACUCCGCGCAUGGGCGGAGGGAUGCUGUCUCCCUUCGGCGGAAGGCAGAAAACGCCUGAGCGGGAGCGGAGAGGGGGGAAUCGGCCUAUGACACCUGAGAGGAGACCUGUCACACCUGAGGGCAUGCAGGCUAGACUGACCAGGAAAAACCGGGAGGUGAUUCGGGCAGCCCGGAAAGAAGCAGCGGCGGGCGGGCAGGCGGGAAAGGCUGGGGAUGGGGGACAGGCGGCGCUGCAGCAGGUGCUGGUGAAUAUUCUGAAGCGGCCUUUUGCGGAUGUCAGGGAGGCUUAUAAGGUGGAUAAGAACGAGCUGGGGCGGGGCAGGUUCGGGGUGAUCCGAGCCUGCGUGGAUCGGGUGACGGGGGAGAGGCUUGCGUGCAAGACGAUCAGCAAAGGCAUGCUGCAGUGCCAGCAAGACAUAGAGGACGUGCGCAGGGAGGUGGCAGUGAUGGAGAUGCUACAGGGCCACCCAGACGUGGUCAACCUCCGGAGCACAUUCGAAGAUGCACAGGACGUGCAUCUGGUGAUGGAGCUGUGCGAGGGCGGAGAGCUGUUUGACCGCAUUAAAGCCAAGGGCAAGUUCAGCGAGGCGGAGGGAGCGCGGGUGCUGCGCACGGUGAUGGGCGUGCUGCAGCACUGCCACGAGCUGGGCGUCAUGCACCGCGACUUAAAGCCCGAGAACAUUCUGCUCAACAGCAAGGAGUCGGAUACGGAGCUGAAAGUGAUCGACUUCGGCGUUGCGACAUUCUUCCAACGAGGCAAGCCGUGCACGGACAUGGCGGGCAGCCCCUACUACCUCGCACCAGAGGUCCUGGCAGAAAAAUACGGUCCUGAAGCUGAUAUCUGGAGUGCGGGAGUGGUGCUGUACAUCCUGCUGUGCGGCCUGCCGCCCUUCUGGGGCACCACCAACGAGGCCAUCUUUGAGGCGAUCAAAGAGGCCACGCUCAACCUCGUUCGCCCGCCGUGGCCCAAUAUCUCGGAGGACGCAAAGGACCUUGUUCGCCAGAUGCUCAACCGGAACCCUAAAAAGCGCAUCACGAUUGAAGAGAUUCUGGAGCAUCCUUGGAUCGUGAAGAAUGCAGGCCCACCAUAA